UCUUAGUUAUGUGAAAGAACAACACAAGUUGUAAUUUAUUAUAAAACAUAUUUGCAGAUUCCAUAAGUUUUAGAUUUUUAAAUUGAAAAGUUAUCUUGGAACUGUUAAAGAUUUAAAAAAGACCUUUGUGAAAAUACAAUUUUCUAUAUUGUGAUAAUUUAAAUGAAUGAAUCUGAAAACUUUUCACAAAGCCCAAAGGUUACCUGACCCCUUUGAAAAACACUUGGUGGGGACACAAGCCAAAGAGGUUCGGAACCACUGGAUUCAUCUUUAAUAAUGCAUUGUCUUGUAUUCGAUUAUUAUAUGUUUCCUACAUGAAACAUCUUAGUCUGAAAAAAGGAACUAUAGAUACAUGUAGUGAAGUAUAAAGUGCAGUAAUGUAUCAGUGGGAGUGGAGUAGGUUCUAGCUCCUUAUUGGUUAUGUGCACAACAAUAACAGAAGUAAAAGCAAAAUGUAAAUGUAAGACAAAACAUAGUGCAAGUUAAGACAUAGGGUAAAACAUCAAAUAAAUAUAAGUAAUAUAAGUAUAUAUAAUAUACAUAUACUUAUAUUACUUAAUACUAAUACAUAUAAUACUUAGUAAUAUAUUUGAAAUAAAUAAAUUGUGUAGACAGUAUUACAAAUGAAUUAAACUGAAUGUAAAAAGUAGGUGUAGUAUAGUAUAAGUAUAGUAUGUGUACAGAGGUGUAAAGUAAAAGUAUAACGUUAUGAGAUAAAGGUAGUGUAAAAUUAUUAAGUAGCAUACAAUAGAAAUACUCAAAAAAUUGCUUUAGUGUAGGACUUCAUGCCAACCACAGGCUUGUUCACUUGUUUGUCAAAUUAAAGCAUUUGGAGGAGAGAAAAGCAGAGAGAAAUCAUUAGAGAGGAAUCCCAGGCAUAUGGCUGGCUUUUGUCGGCUCCCAUCCCCCUCCCUUCUUUUCCUCCUGCCGUCCGCUCCGCAGAAGCAGCAGCAGCAGCAGGACAGAGGUAGUUCAGUUUUUGAAGCCGUGGCAUGAAUGAUCUCAUCUGAACCUGAUCUCCGCUUCCCUGCCGUCGAUCCUAUGACCGAGACGGGAAUAAAAUAACACAAACACGAGGAGUCUUGCCUCAGACUGGCCUAAAAUGGGCAGAAAUGGUGCUGAACAAAAGCUGCUUGUCGCUCGUACAAAAGUACUUGAAGCGUUGCAGCCGGGACCGAGCUGCAUUGCUAUUGCCUGUGCCUCUCAACAGGAAAGAGAGACAACAUGUUCCCGAAGGGCACCAAGCGCAAGUUCUCCGAUUCUGGAGAGGAGUCGGUCUCUAGUGGCGACCAGGUCCCGGUGGCUCCAUCUGUGGCGACUCGGACGCUGACGUCCUCUUACAGCCUGCAGCGGCAGUCGCUGCUUGACAUGUCCCUGAUCAAGUUGCAGCUGUGCCACAUGCUGGUGGAGCCCAACCUGUGCCGUUCGGUGCUCAUCGCCAACACAGUGCGGCAGAUCCAGGAGGAGAUGACCCAGGACGGCACCUGGCAGAUAAUGACCCAGGCCCUGGCCGCCGCCCAGUGUCCCGCAGACCGCCUGGUGGCCACCGAGGUGCUAUGCCGGCAGACAGACCCAGCAGCUCAAGCCGGCCAGAGCCCAAAGCCUUUCUCGGUAGUGGGUCUUGAGGAAGGAUACCAUGCGGAGGAGGUGGUGGAGGGAGAAGUGGAAACGGAGGUCACCAUGUCCACUCUGUCGCCCGUCUCCCCCCAGCUGUCCUCUGCCUCUUACCUGGCAAGUCCCUUUGGCAUGGGACCCUGCUGGGAAGAGGAGGAGGAGGAAGAGGAGGAAGAUGGCGAGUGCGAGGAGGAUGAAGAGGAGGACAGCGAAGAGUGUGUGUCAGAGGGAGAGGAGGGAGACCUGAGCGCAGACUCCAGGACAGGGGAGCAGGUUUUUGGGACUUUUGAGAUCAAGCACCCGCCCCCUGACCCUGCGCUCGAGGAGCUGUUUUCAGACGUGGAUCCGUCCUACUAUGACCUCGAUACGGUGCUGACAGGCAUGCAGAGUGCCCCAAAAAUGGGGCCUUACGAUCUGCUGGAGAGCCUUUCCUCUCACGGGCCAACAGCCCUCAGCUCCAGCUCGAGCUGCAGGUCAGACCUCAACGAACUGGACCACAUCAUGGAGAUCAUAGUAGGGUCUUGAAACUCAGAACAUUCCUCUGUACUGAUCCCUCAGACUCUUUCCAGACUAUGCACAGUACACAUGUGCAUGUUCUGUAUGUGGUAUUGUUACACAUGGAGAUUGUUAGAGGUUUUGGGACAAGGUGGGAAAUUAACAGCAAGCCAAGUAGAUUAUGGGAUAGGCUGUUAGAGGUGUAGUUAGUCUGCUCUAACGGCCUCUUAGGCAAGUCGAUAGCUGCUGUUGGGUCCUUCAUCUGUUGUUUAAAAAAAACAAAAAUAACUAAUUCAGUUAUAGUGACGAUGAAAUGAAUGAAUUUUGGGAUUCACAAGCCACGCUGGCAUGUGGGCGAAGCAGUUAGUUUCCUACUUUGUUGAUGAAAUCCAAAACUUGGCAAUAUCUGUGAGAGGGCAAAGAUAAUUACCUAUACCAUGAUGCAUUCUUAUUUACGUACUUUCCAUGUUUACGUCUGUCAUACAUUCUGUCAUACUAGCCCCCUCUGGCCGUAUUCUCUGCCAUUUUGUCCAUUUCUAUUUAUUGUAACAUGGACUGAGGAACAAUUCAUCACACUACAUGCAUCAGAAAACAGAACAAAUUGUAAAUCCAAAUCUAUGAAUCAAUGCAUAUUUUCCUAAAGAUUUGAGCAAUUAUGAAUGGAAUAUAUGUAUAUGUACGUAUGUGUAUAUAGAAAUAUAUUUUUUGCAUUAUACAGCUGGAGGAUUUUGCAAGUAUCAUUUGAAUUAUUUUUUAUUUGUUUCCUCCCAAGCGGUUUUUAAGAUUUUAAUGUAGCCAGACUCGAGACAGUGUCUUCCCAUGGUUUUGGUAUAACAAGUCGACUGUAACCGGUGUCAGGACUGGCAUCGUCACACUUUUAAAGGCGCUGUUCUUUCAUUUUUUCAAAAGCUUUAUGCGGUGCAGGGAAACUACUGCCAGCCGCCAAGGGCUGGUUCAGAUUUGACUGUUUCUGGUAAGUUUACAGUAGCCAGUGGACAAAUGUAAGUAUGUUUCCUGCCCUGCUUUACAUACAGAUCUAAUAACAAUAAUAACAGCUUUUUCCUGAAGUAUUUGGAGAAACCCCGGGGUGAUAACUGCAUCAAGAAGCCAUAUUUCUUUCUCUCAUUUGUUAGAUCUACAAAUGAAGAGUUCUGUGUUAACCCAAUCUAAUUUAUUGUUUUAUUUAUUGUAUUUAUUAUAUCUAGGUACAUGUAUGCCAUAUUGACGUAUCAAAUCAACCACAAGGCCCAAUUAAGUAUUUAUCCAAAUUUUGCCCUCUGUUUUGAAUGCAGUACCUAUUUAUUCCUCACACUUAUUAUUGUUAUUAGUAGUAAUAAUAAUAACCGGGUUACUAUUCAGAUCACUAUGCAGCUCUGUCAUACACGUUUCAAAAUGAUUGUAUACGACUCAAAUGUCCUUUAAUUCCUUUAUGCAAACAGUUGCCUUUCUCCUAAAGAUGUGGAAAAUCAAAUGCAUUUUUCAAAAUUGUUCCUUGUCAUCAUGAUGAAGAGAUUUAACUCAGGCAAACAAAAUGUAUUGACAAAAAUACAGUAUUACGACACGCUUAAUACCUUACCACAACACUCCUGAAGGAUGUCCCUCUGGUCUGAAUGGGAGCUAGAACUUCAAAGACUAAUUACCGUUGUAAAAUGUAUGCAUUUUUUAUAUCAAGGAAAAAACAUUGUAGCAUCUUUGUAAAUAUUUUUUAUAAUAAAAGGUGCAACUAUU